UGUUGUUUCACAACAGGACAACUCCAAUGUGGCUUCACGCCCAUCCCUCAAUCACGUGUCAUUGGAGGUCAAGAUGCGAAGCCUGGGGCUUGGCCAUGGCAGGUGUGAUGUCAUUGCCUCUGUUCAAAUCUUCACAAGCUGUUUGUUUCUGCUUCUAGAGAUCAGAGACUUCAUCCCACAAAAUAAUGAAAACUGUUUAAUCUUAAAAAGUUUGAACGUGUCUUGUUGAUUCUCAUCAAGCUUAUAUUAUCCAGCUUGCAGACAGGGUCCCCUGAAUUCCCUUCAACUGCGCGAAUCGUAUCCUUCAUGAAAUUUUUUAAAACUCAUUCUUAAUUAUUUUGAUUGUUUGCCAUUUAGAUCGCAUUACAACGAUAUGGCAGCUUCAUCUGUGGAGGAUCUCUCAUUUCUGAAAAUUGGGUAGUUACCGCUGCCCAUUGUGUAGCAGGCAGCUCGUAAGUUUUUGCUCUUUUGCGCAUGCCACAAUUUUGACCGCUGUGUUACCAAAUAGAGACAUAUCAACUCAAUUGCGGACUCAAAAAAUGACUGACAAUUAACGUCGACUAAUUAGCUUAAGUAAUCAAAAGGAAUAACCUGCCAAAUGUAACUGACUGCCUUUUGAAUCAACCAAAAUAACCGACUACCAUCCGAAUGACCGACCGACGAAUCAACCUUACGAAGAUUUAAUUAGCAACUCUUUGACCAAGCAGCCGAGCAAACUGCUGAUGCAUUAUUCACUUUAUACUAUUUCUUCACCCAACAAGCGUAUAUUUGAGAGUCCAAAAUAGUUCUCAGCUUCUCUAUCGACUGCUAGUCAAUUAUAAGCAUAAGUUACGAUCAUGAAUGAACCUUGUAUUGUAUAUUUGUAGAAAUCCUGCCAAUUACAGAAUAGUUGUUGGUGAUCACAAUCGGAAUGUGAACGAAGGAACAGAGGAGUCUGUUGGCGCCGCGCAAAUCAUUUCUCACCCUCAAUACAAUAGUCCUGGUAGACUUAACAAUGACAUCGCCCUGAUUAAACUCGCUACGUCUGUGAAGCUCUCUGCCAGGGUGAACCCUGUGUGCCUACCGUCUAGCGACUCAAAUGUACCCACAGGAUCAAAAUGUUACAUUACAGGUGAGGGUGGUCAUGAGAGGUCCGCUUGUUUUUAAUAUAUAGACCAUGCAAAUCCCAUGCAAUAAAAAUGGCCCAACUCCUCUGUCGUAAAGCAAUAAUUCACGGGCAUUCCAGUUGAGGAGCUGACAAGCCGGCUCGCUUGAGGAAAAGCUUUGCCUUAGUACUUUUUAGGAAAGCCCUUGCAACUUGUGGGUAAUUCAGUAAGUUGUAUAUUCACUUAUUUUACCUCGAAAGGAUGUUUCGCUUCCAAAUAACCGUCUUCCAGGUGUCUUUAUUAGCGAGGAGUCAUACACGUUCUAAAAUUCUGCAUUACGCUAUACUGGGCUCAAAAUUUUCUCAGGAGUUUCCUUCAGAAAGCACCACAUAGGGGAUAACAAAGGAUGUUUCUUCAAAUGGCAAACAUGGUUGUUUCAACAUUUUCGUGGUACUCCUUAUAAGUUCUUUUGCAGCUCUUUUCCUUCCUGUUUACCGACUUCGUUAAUCAACAGAUAAGAACACAACGGAGACCUUGAAAUGUUAUUGACGUAAGUAUAAUGUUAUGAACUUGCCGCUUUGAUAGGCUGGGGAAAGAUUAAGCAUCCAGGAGGAUCUCAUCCUAUUUUGCAACAAGCCAUGAUGCCGCCUAUCGAUCCAGCAAAGUGUAGGCAGAAGAUUCAAGCAAGUGGAGGUACAUCAGAAAGUCUAUAUUGUAGAUUUUUCAUAAGCAUAACAUUUUCCGUCUUUCGCUUAUUAAGUCUGUCUUUAGGUUUACCUGCAGAAUUUGUCCACAACAUUUAUCAAAACGACAAAUAUUCUCGUUUGUGAUGACAGUUUUAAGACAAAGACCAAGCGAACAUUAUACACUUAAUCUGCGCGGCGUGCUAGGACAAUUCGACGAAGUACAUUUUCUUCAACCCCAAUUACUGUUUUUCAGCUGUUUAAACAAACCGAAUAAGAUUGAAACGUUGGAUCACUGAGUCAGAGUGGAUUUUUUUCGUCGUUAAUUUGGAUUCCUCUUCCCGAUGUUCGAAAAAUUAUGAUAAGCUGCUCUUACCCGAAUCAAUUGAUAAUUUUUUUCUAACUGAAAAUAAAUUAGACCAGCCUAUUUGAAGAGAUGCUUUGCUUUAACCGUACUUCAGUUCUUUAUCAAACCUAUUGUGGCCCGCUUAAAUACGAAAUCUUAAAUUCUUAAAUCCUACAACCCACUAUUCUUUGGUGAACUCAUCGAUUGAGUCGAAUUCUACUUAAAUUUGAGUCACAUCUGUCAUAAAAAUCGGUUUUUUAAACCACCUUUAUUGCGCGGUGAUAAAAUCCAAAGCAAUUUUGGGUUACCUUUCAAUGCAAAAUUCUUUCUUUUAGAUCGUUCACGCUAACUUUGUAUGUACUUAUAUUUUUGCAGUCUCAAUAACGUUAACUCCGCAAAUGUUGUGUGCGGGCGUGGACAAUUCCAUUUUAAGUGGUUGUCAUGGUGAUAGUGGAGGACCGUAUGUGUGCUUGAAUGCGGAUGGGAAUACAUAUACCUUACAUGGUGCAGUCAGCUGGGGUUCUUCCAGAUGCGAUGCUAAACAACUUUUUACUGUGUUUGCCCGAGUGACACAGUACCGAGCGUGGAUCAAACAGCACACUGGGAUUAGUGGAGGAGGUAAGAAAUAAGUUUUGUACCUUAAUAUCGUGAUAUCUAAUCGCUGUGGUUAUUCUUCGUGCUGGAUUCAUAGUAGUGGGGUAUUAGACAAACGAUUAAGUCCCACUUAUACGAUCAAGCAGUUUUGUCACAUAUCGUUUUGGUAUGUUUGGUACGUAAGGCAUGUUUGACCAUCAAUUUAUGCUGCGCAACAAACUUGAUUUUGGAAAUGUUUGAUCGUGCUCACUUCUGACCGAUGUGGACAUUUCAACUUACGUAUAUUUAGUCGAUCUAAUCACUUGGAGAUUAUUAGCACUUACUUUAGAGUGCAGUAAAAACGUAGCGAUUCACAUUGGCCUUCUUUUUCUGGUAUGUAUUUUUUUGUUGAUCACAAAUUUUGCUUAGCAAAAUGUUACUCAUUGCAAGCCAAAAGGGCUGUGUAAAAAAAGAAAAAAUAUACACAUCUUUCUAUUUUUCCGUAAAGAUUCAUAUUAUUCUUAACAUUCCUUUUACCUUUAUUACUUGAGGAGGUUGCACUGCUUUUUUGAAAAAAAAUUACCGUGAAUUAUUUUUGCAGGAGGGCCACCACCCUCUCCUCCCAUACCAACCACGUCAGGAUGCGGUAAGCUCAACAUUUGCGAGUAGCUCAUGUCCCAAAUGCUUGAUGAGGCGGGCAUUAGGCUUUUUGGUGCAGCGGUUUUGGCUUUUUUCUAGAUCGGUUUUUCGGUUUUUGUGCCAGAAUAUGUCGGUUUUCGGAUUUGGUGUUUAUUGCUGUUUGCAGAUUUUCCACUUUUUAGCGUUUGGUUUUCGGUUUUCGUCAAAAAAUACUAAAAGAUUUUCGGAUUUGGUAUCCGAUGUGGCAUUUGGUUUUUCUUUUUGGGCUCCGGUCUCAUUUUGAUCUGAGCGGCAAAUGUGCGCCUCCUCCGAUCUGGAAUAGCCGCGAAACCUCUGUAUGCUCAAUUUGUCACCACUGCAUCGCAUCGAUAAGGGUUUUGAUAACUGGGAUGUGGAAAUUUGUCGGUUUUGACGGUUUUGCAUGCGGUUUUCGGUUUUGAUUGAAUUUUUUCGCUUUUUCUCGGUUUGGUGGUUUUAAAUGAUUUUUCUUUUAAAUUUUUGUGACAGUUUCUAGUAGACCCCAAUACCCCCCUCCUUGAUCGUGAAUCCGUCAGGCUAGGUCAAUUGUCUAGACCACAUUAGUUGAAGGUUAUUUUAAGAAAAGUUAUUUUCACUGACAAGAGACAAGGAUUAGCUACAUGUUAAGGUGUAUAGAUAUUCUACUUUCAAAAAAGUCUGCAUCUUCCUGUAAACUUUGCUCUGCAUGUCUUCCCUUUCUUUUUUCUUUCGGCUCACUUUUUGACGGCAGGUCUUCUACAAAUGCAUUAAAACACUCACGCAAAAAAAUGAAUUGUUAAAAAAUUGCAAAUUUUCUGUUGCAUCUCUUUCCAGGCGGUUCACCAACUCCUCCAGUGGCCCCUGGUAAGUUGGACAACUAAAGAUUAAAAGCAGGGUGGAUAACUAAUGUUUUCCGAAAAAGUUAUUGAUGCGUGCCAAUCACCAUAAAAAUGACGAGACCAAUGCUAUCUUAAGUUAGCUUGGAAACCUAACCAGUGUGAAAAACCCUGCCCUCCUCUUUAUUUCAUAAUCAGAAAAAGCCAUCGUCAACUGGGUUACGGUUAUGGGUCACAGUUAUGCUAAGAUGUAUGCUAGAUGAUUUUCUCAACACCCUGAAAGAAUGUCGUGUUCAGAAACAUACUAUAUCAACCAUAACGUGAUAAAUAUAAUGUAACAAUACGUGUUAUCAGACGAUAAUAAUUGUGAAAUGUUCAUAAAUGUUCGUACAUACACAAUUACGCACAGAUCUUGAGGCAGGUAAAUGUUCACGUUUAUUAAAAUGUUAUUUCAAUUUGUUUUACAUUACCAAUUACCAAGUUCUGAGGGUAAAGCGAACUUUUCCUCAGACGAUACAGAAAUCUUAAUUUUUUGAAAAUACGGCGGGUGUAAAGGUAUAGGUCAUAAGGCAGAUAUAAAUGAAAGUCAAGGUUGGAAAUUGUAUCUUCACGUUUAUUAAUUUGUUUGUUUUUUUUUUCUGUUGUUAUUUCUCCAAUUUGUUUUUAACAUUACCAGAGUGUUCAAACUACCAAGUUCUGAGCGAAAAUGAUCGUAACACAGCCUUCAAAGGGUCAGUCAAAUGUGAUAACUCAAUGGCUACACGCUGGUACAGGUUUCAAGGAGGUGCGGGCUCACAAAUGCCUACAAAGUGUGUGCCCAUAAAUCAGUGUGGUACCCAUGCACCAGGCUGGCUGAGUGACGGACAUCCCACUGUGAACGAGGGAGCAGUUCAACGUAAAGUGUGUUUCCAUUGGUCAUCAAACUGCUGUCGGUGGUCCAGUAAUAUUAGGGUUCGUAACUGUGGCGGUUUCUUUGUGUACGAGUUGGUUCGGGCACCUACAUGUAGCUUGCGAUAUUGUGGAGAGAAAGCUCAAGGUAAGAGUGUUUUUGCGUACUUAUUGACAGCAAUUUCUCUACAAAGAGAUUAAAAGAAAAGAGAAAUAAGUCUUGAAAACACUGUAAAUAUUGUGUUGCAUUUUUACCAGGCGGAUCACCACCACCGCCGGUUACAACAGCGCCCCCAGUGGCUCCCGGUAAGUUGAAGAGCUAAAUAUUAAAAGUAGGCUGGGUUACAAAGCUUUCCAAAAAAGUUAUUGAUAUGUGCCAAUCACCAUAAAAAUGACAAGACCAAUGCUAUCUUAAUUAAUCUUGGAAACCUAACUAGUGGUGUGAAAAACCCUGCCCCCCUCUCUAUUUGAUAAUCAGAAAAGCUAUCGUCAACCGGGUUACAGUAUUGAAGAACAGUUAAUGCUACAUGUAAGAUGUAUGCUGCAUGAUUUUCCCAACCACCGAAUGUAUGUCGUGUUCAGAAACGCAAUAAAUAAAAGACAACGUGAUAAAUAUAAUGAAAAAAUACAUAAACAGAGUUCGAGGGUAGAUAAAAAAAAAGCCAAACAAGUAAACAACAACAACAAUAACAAAAACAACAGAUGAAUCAGUUGCAGUUUAAAGCGAACUUUUCCUCAGACGAUAGCAAUUGUGAAAUUUUCUUAAUUUUUUCGAAAAUACGGAUUAACCGGGUGUAAAGGUAUAGGUCAUAAGGCAGAUAUAACUUAUGAAAAUCAAGGUUAGAAAUUGUGUCUUCACUUUUACUAAUUUUGUUUGUUUGUUUGUUUGUUUUUUGUUGUUGUUUCUUCAUUUGUUUUUAACAUUACCAGAGUGUUCAAACUACCAAGUUCUGAGCGAAAAUGAUCGUAACACAGCCUUCAAAGGGUCAGUCAAAUGUGAUAACUCAAUGGCUACACGCUGGUACAGGUUUCAAGGAGGUGCGGGCUCACAAAUGCCUACAAAGUGUGUGCCCAUAAAUCAGUGUGGUACCCAUGCACCAGGCUGGCUGAGUGACGGACAUCCCACUGUGAACGAGGGAGCAGUUCAACGUAAAGUAUGUUUCCAUUGGUCAUCAAACUGCUGUCGGUGGUCCAGUAAUAUUAGGGUUCGUAACUGUGGCGGUUUCUUUGUGUACGAGUUGGUUCGGGCACCUACAUGUAGCUUGCGAUAUUGUGGAGAGAAAGCUCAAGGUAAGAGUGUUUUUGCGUACUUAUUGACAGCAAUUUCUCUACAAAGAGAUUAAAAGAAAAGAGAAAUAAGUCUUGAAAACACUGCAAAUAUUGUGUUGCAUUUUUACCAGGCGGAUCACCACCACCGCCGGUUACAACAGCGCCCCCAGUGGCUCCCGGUAAGUUGAACAACUAAAGAGAAAAAGCAGGCUGGAUUACCAAUAGUAUGCCAAUCACCAUAAAAAUGUCAAGACCAAUGCUUUUCUAGGUGAACUUGGAAACCUAACCAGUGGUUUGAAAAACCCUGUCCCUCCUUUCUAAUCAGAAAAAGCCUUCGGCGACUGGGUUACGGUAUUGAGGAACAGUUAAAGCUAAAAUGUAUGCUGUAUAAUUUUCUAAACUCCCUGACAGAAUGUCGUGUUUCAGUUUUACACUAUGGACAAACGGUAGGACGAGAGCUGUGGUGAAAAAUGUUUUCAACAUAUUUUUUAUUUGUAUAUCAAGACAAGUAGCUGAAAUUGAAAGCAAAUAGUUUAAGUGACUCGAACGGACCAUCCUCUUGCAGACAUUUUUGGAGGACAAAAAACUACAAACAAGACGUCUCUUUUUUCGGAUAGAACGCUGACAUUGUAAACUAAAUCAACUUUCUUUUCAAGUUAUGCGAUUAACAAAUCGACCACAACUUUCUACUGUUACUUUUUUCCUCCGACAUGGCGACGAUUGGUGAGUGUUGCGUUACAUGUUAGGUCACUUUUAUCAUUUUAUCUCCGAUAUCCUUACUGACGAUGAGUGUUGACCGAUAGGCACACGAAAACUUUUUGCAGUUACUGUGAAAAAGACUGUCUAUCGCUGAAAAUGUUUAGGUGAAAUAUAAGCAGAAACACAAUUCAUCAGCGACAAUGUAAUAAAUAUAAUGCAAAAAAAUUCAUAAACUGAGUUCAAGGGUAGAGUUAGAAAAAAGCAAAAAAAAAAUGAAUCAUUCACAAUUUAAGUGGAACGUGUUCUCAGACGAUGAUAAUUAUGAAUUGUUCAUAGUUAUUCGUAGAAACACAAUUACCGAGGGUAUAGCACACUGGCCUUGAAGCAGGUAUAACUUAUGAAAAUCAAGGUUAGAAAUUGUGUCUUCACUUUUACUAAUUUUGUUUGUUUGUUUGUUUGUUUUUUGUUGUUGUUUCUUCAUUUGUUUUUAACAUUACCAGAGUGUUCAAACUACCAAGUUCUGAGCGAAAAUGAUCGUAACACAGCCUUCAAAGGGUCAGUCAAAUGUGAUAACUCAAUGGCUACACGCUGGUACAGGUUUCAAGGAGGUGCGGGCUCACAAAUGCCUACAAAGUGUGUGCCCAUAAAUCAGUGUGGUACCCAUGCACCAGGCUGGCUGAGUGACGGACAUCCCACUGUGAACGAGGGAGCAGUUCAACGUAAAGUAUGUUUCCAUUGGUCAUCAAACUGCUGUCGGUGGUCCAGUAAUAUUAGGGUUCGUAACUGUGGCGGUUUCUUUGUGUACGAGUUGGUUCGGGCACCUACAUGUAGCUUGCGAUAUUGUGGAGAGAAAGCUCAAGGUAAGAGUGUUUUUGCGUACUUAUUGGCAGCAAUUUCUCUACAAAUGGAAAAAAAGAAAACAACAAAAAGAAAAGAGAAAAAAGUCUUGAAAACACUGCAAAUAUUGUGCUGCAUUUUUUCUAGGCGGAUCACCACCAACAGCGCUCCCAGUGGCUCCCGGUAAGUUGAACAAGUGAAUAGUAAAAGCAGGCUGGGUUACAAAGCUUUCCAAAAAAGUUAUUGAUAUGUGCCAAUCACCAUAAAAAUGACACGACAAAUUUUAUCUUAAUUAAUCUUGGAAACCUAACUAGUGGUGUGAAAAACCCUGCCCCCCUCUCUAUUUGAUAAUCAGAAAAGCUAUCGUCAACCGGGUUACGGUAUUGAAGAACAGUAAAUGCUACAUGUAAGAUGUAUGCUGCAUGAUUUUCCCAACUCCCCGAAUGUAUGUUGUGUUCAGAAACGCAAUAAAUAAAAGACAACGUGAUAAAUAUAAUGAAAAAAUACAUAAACAGAGUUCGAGGGUAGAUAAAAAAAAAGCCAAACAAGUAAACAACAACAACAACAACAACAAAAACAACAGAUGAAUCAGUUGCAGUUUAAAGCGAACUUUUCCUCAGACGAUAGCAAUUAUGAAAUUUUGUUAAUUUUUUCGAAAAUACGGAUUAACCGGGUGUAUAGGUAGAGGUCUUGAGGCAGAUAUAACUUAUAAAAAUCAAGGUUGGAAAUUGUGUCUUCACUUUUACUAAUUUUGUUUGUUUGUUUGUUUGUUUUUUGUUGUUGUUUCUUCAUUUGUUUUUAACAUUACCAGAGUGUUCAAACUACCAAGUUCUGAGCGAAAAUGAUCGUAACACAGCCUACAAAGGGUCAGUGAAAUGUGAUAACUCAAUGGCUACACGCUGGUACAAGUUUCAAGGAGGUGCGGGCUCACAAAUGCCUACAAAGUGUGUGCCCAUAAAUCAGUGUGGUACCCAUGCACCAGGCUGGCUGAGUGACGGACAUCCCACUGUGAACGAGGGAGCAGUUCAACGUAAAGUGUGUUUCCAUUGGUCAUCAAACUGCUGUCGGUGGUCCAGUAAUAUUAGGGUUCGUAACUGUGGCGGUUUCUUUGUGUACGAGUUGGUUCGGGCACCUACAUGUAGCUUGCGAUAUUGUGGAGAGAAAGCUCAAGGUAAGAGUGUUUUUGCGUACUUAAUGACAGCAAUAUCUCUACAAAGAGAUUAAAAGAAAAGAGAAAUAAGUCUUGAAAACACUGUAAAUAUUGUGUUGCAUUUUUACUAGGCGGAUCACCACCAACAGCGCUCCCAGUGGCUCCCGGUAAGUUGAAGAGCUAAAUAUUAAAAGUAGGCUGGGUUACAAAGCUUUCCAAAAAAGUUAUUGAUAUGUGCCAAUCACCAUAAAAAUGAAAAGACCAAUGUUAUCUUAAUUAAUCUUGGAAACCUAACUAGUGGUGUGAAAAACCCUGCCCCCCUCUCUAUUUGAUAAUCAGAAAAGCUAUCGUCAACCGGGUUACAGUAUUGAAGAACAGUUAAUGCUACAUGUAAGAUGUAUGCUGCAUGAUUUUCCCAACCACCGAAUGUAUGUCGUGUUCAGAAACGCAAUAAAUAAAAGACAACGUGAUAAAUAUAAUGAAAAAAUACAUAAACAGAGUUCGAGGGUAGAUAAAAAAAGCCAAACAAGUAAACAACAACAACAACAACAACAAAAACAACAGAUGAAUCAGUUGCAGUUUAAAGCGAACUUUUCCUCAGACGAUAGCAAUUGUGAAAUUUUCUUAAUUAUUUCGAAAAUACGGAUUAACCGGGUGUAAAGGUAUAGGUCAUAAGGCAGAUAUAACUUAUGAAAAUCAAGGUUAGAAAUUGUGUCUUCACUUUUACUAAUUUUGUUUGUUUGUUUGUUUGUUUGUUUUUUGUUGUUGUUUCUUCAUUUGUUUUUAACAUUACCAGAGUGUUCAAACUACCAAGUUCUGAGCGAAAAUGAUCGUAACACAGCCUACAAAGGGUCAGUCAAAUGUGAUAACUCAAUGGCUACACGCUGGUACAGGUUUCAAGGAGGUGCGGGCUCACAAAUGCCUACAAAGUGUGUGCCCAUAAAUCAGUGUGGUACCCAUGCACCAGGCUGGCUGAGUGACGGACAUCCCACUGUGAACGAGGGAGCAGUUCAACGUAAAGUGUGUUUCCACUGGUCAUCAAACUGCUGUCGGUGGUCCAGUAAUAUUAGGGUUCGUAACUGUGGCGGUUUCUUUGUGUACGAGUUGGUUCGGGCACCUACAUGUAGCUUGCGAUAUUGUGGAGAGAAAGCUCAAGGUAAGAGUGUUUUUGCGUACUUAAUGACAGCAAUAUCUCUACAAAGAGAUUAAAAGAAAAGAGAAAUAAGUCUUGAAAACACUGUAAAUAUUGUGUUGCAUUUUUACUAGGCGGAUCACCACCAACAGCGCUCCCAGUGGCUCCCGGUAAGUUGAAGAGCUAAAUAUUAAAAGUAGGCUGGGUUACAAAGCUUUCCAAAAAAGUUAUUGAUAUGUGCCAAUCACCAUAAAAAUGAAAAGACCAAUGUUACCUUAAUUAAUCUUGGAAACCUAACUAGUGGUGUGAAAAACCCUGCCCCCCUCUCUAUUUGAUAAUCAGAAAAGCUAUCGUCAAUCGGGUUACGGUAUUGAAGAACAGUUAAUGCUACAUGUAAGAUGUAUGCUGCAUGAUUUUCCCAACUCCCCGAAUGUAUGUCGUGUUCAGAAACGCAAUAAAUAAAAGACAACGUGAUAAAUAUAAUGAAAAAAUACAUAAACAGAGUUCGAAGGUAGAUAAAAAAAGCCAAACAAGUAAACAACAACAACAACAACAAAAACAACAGAUGAAUCAGUUGCAGUUUAAAGCGAACUUUUCCUCAGACGAUAGCAAUUGUGAAAUUUUCUUAAUUAUUUCGAAAAUACGGAUUAAUCGGGUGUAAAGGUAUAGGUCAUAAGGCAGAUAUAACUUAUGAAAAUCAAGGUUAGAAAUUGUGUCUUCACUUUUACUAAUUUUGUUUGUUUGUUUGUUUGUUUGUUUUUUGUUGUUGUUUCUUCAUUUGUUUUUAACAUUACCAGAGUGUUCAAACUACCAAGUUCUGAGCGAAAAUGAUCGUAACACAGCCUUCAAAGGGUCAGUCAAAUGUGAUAACUCAAUGGCUACACGCUGGUACAGGUUUCAAGGAGGUGCGGGCUCACAAAUGCCUACAAAGUGUGUGCCCAUAAAUCAGUGUGGUACCCAUGCACCAGGCUGGCUGAGUGACGGACAUCCCACUGUGAACGAGGGAGCAGUUCAACGUAAAGUAUGUUUCCAUUGGUCAUCAAACUGCUGUCGGUGGUCCAGUAAUAUUAGGGUUCGUAACUGUGGCGGUUUCUUUGUGUACGAGUUGGUUCGGGCACCUACAUGUAGCUUGCGAUAUUGUGGAGAGAAAGCUCAAGGUAAGAGUGUUUUUGCGUAUUUAUUGACAGCAAUUUCUCUACAAAGAGAUUAA